CCACACACACUACACUAUAUAUGCCCCACAAGCACCGCCUUCAACAACCCUCGUCUCGCCGGAAACCGCCAUGAUCCGCCUCGCUGCCGCCGUUCUCGUACUCUCUUUGUUGGCUGUCGACGGCCGCGAAAUCCCCGACGACUUGAUCAGAUUGCCUUCGGAAGCUUCGAGAUUCUUCAAUAGCGGUGGUGGUGCCGAUGAUGAUGGGGAUGAUUCUGUAGGGACGAGAUGGGCUGUUUUGAUUGCGGGAUCUAAUGGAUACUGGAAUUAUAGGCACCAGGCUGAUGUUUGUCAUGCAUAUCAACUCCUAAAGAAAGGUGGGCUUAAAGAUGAAAACAUCAUUGUUUUCAUGUAUGAUGACAUUGCUCAAAAUGAAGAGAACCCCAGGCCUGGAAUCAUAAUCAACAGUCCACAUGGUGAUGAUGUAUACAAAGGAGUGCCAAAGGAUUAUACCGGGGAAAAUGUCACUGUUAACAACUUCUUUUCUGUUAUCCUUGGAAAUAAGACUGCUCUUACAGGGGGAAGUGGAAAGGUUGUGGAUAGUGGUCCAACUGACCAUAUUUUCAUAUUUUACAGUGAUCAUGGGGGUCCUGGGGUGCUUGGAAGAACUACCAGUCCUUUCCUUUAUGCAAACGAUCUGAUAGACGUCUUGAAAAAGAAGCAUGCUUCUGGGACCUAUAAAAGCAUGGUAUUUUAUCUUGAAGCUUGUGAAUCUGGGAGUAUUUUUGAGGGUCUGCUGCCAAAAGGUUUAAAUAUUUAUGCAACCACAGCGGCUAAUGCAGAAGAGAGUAGUUGGGGAACCUACUGCCCUGGAGAGGAUCCUAGUCCUCCUGAAGAAUACGAAACCUGUUUGGGUGACUUGUAUAGUGUUGCCUGGAUGGAGGACAGUGACACUAAGAAUCUGCGGACUGAAACUUUGCGGCAGCAGUAUGAACUGGUUAAAAUGAGAACGGCAAACGGAAAUUCUGCUUAUGGUUCCCAUGUCAUGCAAUUUGGCGAUCUACAACUUAGCAAGGAAGAUCUUUUCCUUUAUAUGGGCACAAAUCCUGCAAAUGAUAACUACUCUUUUGUGAAUGACAACUUCCUGCUGCCACCUUCAAAAGCUGUUAACCAGCGUGAUGCUGAUCUUCUACAUUUCUGGGACAAGUUCCGCAAGGCUCCAGAAGGCUCUCCCAGGAAACUUGAAGCUCAGAAGCAGUUUGUUGAGGCCAUGUCACACAGAAUGCACAUAGACAAUAGCAUGAAGAUGGUCGGAAAGCUUUUAUUUGGAAUUGAGAAGGGUCCUGAGGUGCUGAAUACUGUCCGGCCUUCAGGGCAACCUCUUGUUGAUGACUGGGACUGUCUUAAAACUCUGGUGAGGACAUUUGAGACACAUUGUGGAUCACUAUCCCAAUACGGGAUGAAACACAUGCGCUCCGUAGCUAACAUCUGCAAUGCUGGAAUCCAGAAGGAACAGAUGGCUGAGGCGUCGGCACAAGCUUGCAUCACCAUUCCUUCGGGUCAUUGGAGCUCGCUUCACAAGGGUUUCAGUGCAUGAUUUGAAGUAGGUUUGAUCAAUCUUAAUGACCAACCUCCAUUUGAUUCUGUUCUCUAUUAUGUGUCGGGUGUUCUCUAUACAAAGGUAUACAUGCCAUAACUGUGCAUUUUGCUCUGUUUGAUAAGAAGCGGUUACAGUGUAAAUACAGCCCUAGAAGCACUUCUGUAUCAAUCAAACUGAUUUGUAGCAGACUAUAUAUAUGUAUGUUCGCUUGUUAUGUUACAAUGCU